AUGAAGAGAGGCAUUCUAGUGAGUAUAGUCGAUUGGUAUGUUAGAAAUAAAAUGGGUCUCUCCGGAACAAGUAAUGCCGUCAGUACUUACAUUCGCGAGUUGGGUAUUUUAGCUUGCAAUUCCGAACAAAUCUAUUGGCAUGAAGGUUUCAAGGUUGGACAUGGGUGUCUCUCGCCUGCGAUGCCUCUCAAAGUCGAAGCUCCGCCCGUCUCCGUCCCUGCACCGGUCACCGGUGGCCGAUUCUCAUUGAUUCAGUCAUUCUCAGUUUCUCACUCAGUCACUCUGUCAGUAACUUGGAACGUAGAUAGUGUUGAUGAGGGGGCAUCGAAUAAUGUGGAUGUUGAUGAGGGGUUAACGAAUGAUGUGGAGUUUGAUGUCACAAAACUUCCAACUGAUCCUUGUCUAAGGAUACCCAUUUUGGAUUACAAUGCUAACAUCCGAGAUGAAGCUCGAAGAGCAUAUAUGUUAAAGGGUCUUUGUCAGCCCCAAGAUCAUAACUUUCCAAAACAACAAUUUGGAGUAACAAUUAGACGAUUCAAUCGUUCGUGGUUUAAAGAGUUCGGUAGUUGGUUGGAGUACAGUGUAGAGAAGGAUGCUGCUUAUUGUUUGUAUUGUUAUCUUUUCAAAACAAGUUUUGGAAAGCAAGGUGGAGGUGAGUCUUUUGUUGGUGAAGGUUUUACAUAUUGGAAAGAUAAAAAAAGGCUUCAUACUCAUGUUGGGCUUCAUGAUAGUGCACAUAAUCAAGCUCGCAUUAAAUGUGAAGUGUUGAUGAAUCAAGAGCAACACAUUCAAUCAGUUUUCUACAAACAGUCAGAACAAGCAAGAAAUGCAUAUGUUACACGCCUUAAUGCAUCCAUUGAUUGUAACUUCUUAGUGCAAUAUCAAUUUUUGGCUGCUCAUAAUGAAGUUAUCAAUGCCAUCACAUUGGGAAAUGCUCCUCACAAUUGCAAAUUGACAUCACCUGAUGUUCAAAAGGAUAUAGUAAAUGCUUGUGCUAUUGAAAUGAUCAAUGUUAUUAUCAAAGAUGUUGGUGACUCGCUAUUUUUUAUUCUAGUUGAUGAAUCUUGUGAUGUGUCAAUGAAGGAGCAAAUAUCUAUUGUUUUACGUUAUGUAGACAAUAGUGGGCGUGUCAAUGAACGCUUCAUAGGGAUUGAACAUGUUACAAGUACCGCGGCUCUAUCACUUAAGGCUGCAAUUGAUAAGGUAUUUUCUAGAUAUAACUUGAGUAUGUCUAGAUUGAGAGGACAAGGUUAUGAUGGAGCAAGUAAUAUGCAAGGUAAGUUUAAGGGUCUGAAAACACUCAUUUUGAAUGAGAGUCCAUGUGCUUUUUACAUUCACUGUUUUGCUCAUCAACUCCAACUUGCGCUUGUGGCUGUGGCAAAGAAGAACAUCCCUAUUACUAACUUCUUUGGUGUGGUUGGGAACGUAAUAAAUACUGUUGGAGCAUCUUCCAAACGAUGUGAUCUUCUUCGAGAAAAACAAUUAGACUUUAUUGUUGAGGCAUUGGAAAAAGGUGAGAUUUUAAGUGGACGGGGACUUAAUCAAGAAACGACCCUUCAGCGCUCUGGUGAUACACGAUGGAGUUCACAUUAUAAUUCUUUGGUCAGCUUGCUUGCCAUUUUCUCUUCUAUUGUGGAUGUACUCGCAAUAAUUAUUGAAGAUGAGUCUUGUUCUUGUGAUCAAAGAUCUAAUGCAACAAAUUUAUUGGAGUUGAUACAAGGAUUCAAUUUUGCAUUUAAUCUACAGUUGAUGAGAAGUGUGUUGGGGAUUUCAAAUGAACUGUCAAAGGCAUUGCAAAGAAAAGAUCAAGAUAUUGUGAAUGCAAUGCAAUUGGUAAGAUUGUGCAAACGACGACUCCAAAUAAUGAGAGACGAAGGGUGGGACUCCUUUUUGGAAGAAGUAUGUUCUUUUUGUCAAAAAUAUUAUCUUUAUGUACCCAACAUGGAUGAUAUGUUUGUACGCCUUGCAAUUCCUGGUCGCCCUCAGCAUAAUUCUCCAGAAAUUACAAAUUUACAUCAUUAUCGAGUAGAUUUGUUCUACUCUGUCAUCGACUUACAACUUCAAGAGUUGAAUGAUCAUUUCUCGGAGGUAAAUACAGAGUUACUCCUUUGUCUAGCUUGUUUAUGCCCACAAGAUUCAUUUUCUUCUUUUGACAAAAAAAAUUUGAUUAGACUUGUUGAGCUUUAUCCAUUAGAUUUCUCUGCAGUAGAUGAGUUUGAAGGGUUGAAUGGCCUUGGUGAUCUUGCGGAGAAGUUAGUUUUGACAAAAAAAGAUAAGGUAUAUCCGUUGGUUUACAGACUUUUGACUUUAGCAUUGAUUUUACCAGUUGCUACCGCUACUGUGGAGAGUGUUUUUUCUGCAAUGAGCAUCGUAAAGAAUAGAUUGUGCAAUCGGAUGGGUGAUCAGUGCAAAUUUUUGGUAGCAUCAAUGACUUCGUCUAUGGGAAACACUACCAAAAGUCAUGGUAAAUAUACAUUCAGGACCUCUUCCAGCAAGCUCAUCCGCUCUAGUUCAACCCUCUAUCGAAGAUCCCAGGAUCUACUAGCUAGGUCACCAGAAGUGCAACUAUUACUUCGAUGGCAUUCGAAGAUCUCUCUGUCAACAAGUUGUUGCAUUGAUUCAGUUACUAUGCUAACAGAUUUUAUGACUGAUGCUCGAGCUCUUCGUCUCGCUCUUGAUAUGGGUGGUGCGAAGGUCUUCAGAGAGCUCCUCGAGUACAACUCGAGUAAUCAUCUUCAUAUCCUCAAUCUCAACUUGUGGCCCCUUUGA